CGUGGCGUGGUCUCCCUGCCGCGCGUGCGCGCCGUCAUUCCAAACCGGCAGCAUGGCGGAGCCAGAAGCCUUGGGCUUCGAACACAUGGGCCUCGAUCCCCGGCUCCUGCAGGCCGUCACCGACCUGGGCUGGUCACGCCCCACGCUGAUCCAGGAGAAGGCUAUCCCGUUGGCCCUGGAGGGGAAGGACCUCCUGGCUCGGGCCCGUACAGGCUCGGGGAAGACGGCUGCCUAUGCCAUCCCCAUGCUGCAGCUGCUGCUCCACAGGAAGGCGACAGGUCCUGCAGUAGAGCAGGCUGUGAGAGGCCUUGUUCUUGUGCCCACCAAGGAACUGGCCCGGCAGGCCCAGUCCAUGAUUCAGCAACUGGCUGCCUACUGUGCUCGAGACAUCCGGGUGGCCAAUGUCUCGGCUGCUGAAGACUCAGCCUCUCAGAGAGCUGUGCUGAUGGAGAAGCCUGAUGUGGUGGUGGGGACCCCAUCUCGCAUAUUAAACCACUUGCAGCAAGACAGCUUAAAACUGCGAGACUCCCUGGAGCUGCUGGUGGUGGAUGAGGCUGAUCUUCUUUUCUCCUUUGGCUUUGAGGAAGAACUCAAGAGUCUUCUCUGUCACUUGCCCCGGAUUUACCAGGCUUUUCUGAUGUCGGCUACUUUUAACGAGGAUGUACAAGCACUCAAGGAGUUGGUACUACAUAACCCGGUUACCCUCAAAUUACAGGAGUCUCAGCUGCCAGGGCCAGAGCAGCUACAGCAGUUUCAGGUGGUCUGUGAGACUGAGGAAGAUAAAUUUCUGUUGCUGUAUGCCCUGCUCAAGCUGUCAUUGAUUCGGGGCAAGUCUCUGCUGUUUGUCAACACUCUAGAGCGGAGUUACCGGCUGCGCCUGUUCCUGGAGCAGUUCAGCAUCCCCACCUGCGUGCUCAAUGGAGAGCUCCCACUGCGCUCCAGAUGCCACAUCAUCUCACAGUUCAACCAAGGCUUCUACGACUGUGUCAUAGCAACUGAUGCCGAAGUCCUGGGGGCCCCAGUCAAGGGCAAGCGUCAGAGCAAAGGGCCCAAGGGAGACAGGGCCUCUGAUCCAGAAGCAGGUGUGGCCCGGGGCAUAGACUUCCACCACGUGUGCGCUGUGCUCAACUUUGAUCUACCCCCAACCCCUGAGGCUUACAUCCAUCGAGCUGGCAGGACAGCGCGCGCCAACAACCCAGGCAUUGUAUUGACCUUCGUGCUGCCCACAGAGCAGUCCCACCUGGGCAAGAUCGAGGAGCUUCUUGGCGGAGAAAGCACAGCCCCUGUCCUGCUUCCCUACCAGUUCCGCAUGGAGGAGAUUGAGGGCUUCCGCUACCGCUGCAGGGACGCCAUGCGCUCAGUGACUAAACAGUCCAUUCGAGAGGCGAGAUUGAAGGAGAUCAAGGAGGAGCUUCUGCACUCAGAGAAGCUCAAGACAUACUUUGAAGACAACCCCAGGGACCUCCAGCUGCUGCGGCAUGACCUGCCCUUGCACCCCGCCGUCGUGAAGCCUCACCUGGGCCACGUCCCCGACUACCUGGUUCCUUCUGCUCUUCGUGGCCUUGUCCACCCUCGCAAGAAACGAAAGAAGCCGUCCUCCUCUAAGAAGGCCAAGAAGGCGAAAACCCAGAACCCACUGCGCAGCUUCAAGCACAGAAGAGAGAAACGCAGACCCACAGCGAUGCCCUCCUGAGGUCUUCCAGGCAGCCUCUGCCGUCUUCCCGGGCCUCACAGGGCUGAGCACAGAGCAUGCCCUUCCCAGCCUGGACAUAGUUGGAUUCCUGCCCUGGAUGGACUAGACUCCAGGGCAGUCAGAACUGAGGCCAUGCAGCUCUGUGGCACUGCCAGCCUGGCGUUUUGCUCUUAACAACAGAAUAAAGAUUCUAGCUGCCACGGUUUGUGCCUCCUGAGUGUAGGAAGGGACCAUCCUGGAAACCUUGGGAAUCAGAAACCGCUUCCAGCAGGUGGGGCCUGGCUUUCUGCUGCUGUGAGUGGAGCCUCCUUGGCCAGCAGAGGUCAGCCAUGCAGCGCUGCAGCCUAGGGGCCUUUGGGUCCUGGGAGACAGCUGCCCUUGUCCAGGUCUCUGGCCUGGCCCACCGUCGCUCCUGUGGCCUUCCUUUCUGGGAUCAGGCUAACCAGCCUCCGUCCCCUGAAGCUCAGAAACGACGUUCCACCACAGGGAAGACAGUCCUUCCUGACUACAUCUGGGCCCAUUGUAAAUUCAGCCUCCCACCUCCUCGGGCAACCGUCUCCUGAGCUCUCUGAGCUGCUCUGAUCCUUCAGCACUCCUUGAGUAUUUUAAAUGCACCAGUGGUGGUGUGACGCGCACAUGCCCACUGUGCCUUUGCUCUCCGCUUAGCUGCAAGGCCCCGGCAGCAGACCUUCUCAGCCUGCAGGCUGGGCCUCCCAGCUUUUCCUGCUGUCUGGAGGAGAGGGGACUGCUGACUGUGCCCUUGAUGGGCCCACUGGCCUGCUUAUCAGUUUCACCAUCACCUGCUUUUCAGGCCUCUCCAGGCCAAGCUGGUGAGGAGAAGACCUAGGGAAGGGGAGGGAGACUGGGAGAAAGAAAGAAAAUCAGAAGAGCUUGAGUAUUUCUUUCACAAAGAAAACCAAGCUGUGGUGUCAGCACAGGUUGGUCUACACGGCUGGGAGGAGGGGGCCUCUGGUUGCUGUCAGGGUGUGGUGGGGCCUUGGGUUGGGGUGUCCGCAUUUCCUGCUCUGGUUCUGAGGAUUCCCCGUGAGCCAGGCUGUGUGAUGGGGGCAGCGUUGGUGCUCAGGUGGGAUUAUCAGCAAAUGUUGUGACAUACCAGCCAGGGCAAUGCAGCCAGAAUUCCUGCAGUCCACCAUGGCUCCGGGGCGUUAAGGAGAAGCAGUUAAUGGAGCUGAACAAAGACAGCAACUUCACGAGCAUCUGCUGGCUGCUGGAACAGCACCCGAGCUUCACGUGUGUCACUCUGUUGUGGAAGGAGAUGGGCUGCUGGGCUUCAGUCAUGUUGGACCAUCCCGCCUGCUUCAUGAGAAGCCCUGGAUGUUUAGGAAGCCCCCUGCUCUAAAAUGGUGUACCAGCCUUGGCCUGGAACAGUUCUUGUCUGUCUGAUACUGCCACCUGCAGGUGCCCCCUGCGAAUGAGCUUGUAACACAGAACCAGCCCGGAUGCAGGAGAGUGGACAAUUUGUGUUUCCCCACUGAUGUUCUCAAAGGAGUGUGGUCUGGGCUGCAUCCCCAUCUAGGGACAAAGAAGGGGGCCGGGUGGAGGCCUGGUGGCUGAGUGCUAAAUACCAGCUGUGUGCCAAGACCCCUGCUGAGUGUUCUGUUUACUGACUCAUAUCGUCUCGACAGUCCCGAGGAACAUCUGGACCCAAAGCAGGAACCUGUUCAAGUGCAUCUCCUGUCCCAGCUAACUCUCCCCCAUCUGUUGAAGAUCAAUGACUCAGCUUUUUGGAAAUUACUUGUUCUUGAGACUUUGGUCCCCAAGGGCAAUGUCCCCAGGAGGUAAUGGUGAUCUAGUGGAAUUCAGGCAGAGCACCCCUGCCAAAAUGCCAUCCACUUUGUCCCAGAAGGCAGCAUUAGGACCUCUCACCUUGAGGAGGGGCUGUGAGACACUUCUCGUGUGUUUUUCACCACCGUUUCUACAUGGAGAAGGAAGACGUGGUUAUCUACGGGGGUGGGGCUAACUCCUGGCACUUGGCUCACUCCUCUGGAACAUCACAGCUUACGAGUCCACCCAUGAGCCCACUGAGAAGCAGUGAGUUGGCAUGGCCGUGGCUAGGCUAGAGGACGGGCACGUCAGGGGGUCUUUGUACCAGCUCUAAGAGCUGCCUUUGUGGUGCCUGUCAUGUGCCAGCAUGGUUGCAGGAGGCGCCUCCCUUGGCCCCCUGGGCCAAGUGAGGGGGAAAUGCCCCCUGAAGUGCCUAUGUAUGGGACAUGCCGGCGAGGCCAGGCAGCCUGGGAGCCCCCAGCCCUGGCUCUGUGCCAGUCCCUUGCUGCCCUGUGGGGCGGCUGUGCACACAGCACCGCCUAAACUUUAACGUACACCUGAAUCACAAAGGCUUCUCCGAAUGCAGGUCUCAUCCGGCGGGUCUGGAGCAGGGCCUGAGAGUCUGCAUUUCUAGUAACAUCCCUCCCUGGGGAGGCCGAUGCUUCUGGACUCCAGACCACCUUUGAGAGGCAAGCUUUAAUGUCUGCACACCCCUUCAUUUUGCAGUUUGGGAAACUGAGACUUGGAGAGAGUAAGUAGCCAGCCUAACACUACCAGCUAAGGCAGAGUGGGAGAGUGCUCAGAUCUGUGGGCUGCACUCUGGAACCCAAGGUGAGAGAGCCGGUUUCAGCUCUGUCCCGUCCCUUCUCUGAGCCUGAUCUUCAUCUGGGGGGGGGGUGCAGUGAUGAAGGGUGUAACUUUUUAGCAUAAGUAUGUCCCAUACACUAUAUGUGAUAUACUUACACUAUAAAAGUACUUGUUUAUCUGAAA